ACUGGAGCCCGCCCCACUCAAGAGCUGAUAAGAAACCCUCGCGGAGCUACCAACACACUGCUCCCUCAUCUCCUCUCCUCUCCGCCGCCGCCGCCGCCGCCCAUCGCCUCGCAGCCGCCUGCGGCUUCGCUCCAAAGGCGUUUGUGAAGGUUUCUUGAAGCUGAGAAGGUGGUGCUGAAGUAAAUUUUUACUUCUGUGAGAAAGAAGGGCAAUCUUUAGGGCUGCCUGCGCCGCCACCACCAUCCUCCUCGCCUCGACUCCACCUCUUUGUGCGGCGCGAUUCCCCUCCUUCAGGACAAAAGCGGCGUCCCUCGGGGCUUUUAGGGCUUAUCGAUUCAUUACCUCCUCUCCCUCCUGCCGCGUGGCUCGGAUCGAAGCAGAGCAGAGAAGAUGGUGGCGGCGAUCAGGGUGCCCAAGAGCCGCCGCGCCAAGCGGGAGCUCCUCAAGCACGCGCCCAAGCUCGUUGAGACCGGCAAGAAGACACUUAUCCUCCAUGGUACCAAGACUAGUGCUGUGUUGAACUCUGUGCUGUCAGAUAUUUACCACCUCAAGCGUGAUAAUGCUGUGAAGUACACCAAGAAGAACGACAAGAUUAGGCCUUUUGAGAGUGGUGGUGAAUCUUCUCUGGAGUUUUUCUCCCUCAAGACGGACUGCAGUCUUAUAGUGUAUGGUUCUCAUUCAAAGAAGAGGCUCAACAAUCUGGUUUUGGGAAGGACGUAUGACCACCACAUAUAUGACCUUGUUGAAGUUGGAAUUGAGAACUACAAAUCCAUGGAAUCUUUUGUUUAUGAUAAGAAGCUGGCACCAAAACUUGGAUCGAAGCCUUUCUUUGCCUUCAUAGGGGAACACUUUGAGAGUGCUGAAGAGCUGAAGCAUUUGAAAGAAGUGCUGCUUGAUCUUUUCAGAGGAGAGGUUGUAGAGAAUCUAAACCUUGCUGGUGUAGAUCGGAUCUAUGUGUGCACAGCAAUAUCUCCUACUACUGUCUACAUGAUGCACUGUGCUGUCCGUCUGAAAAGGUCGGGCACAUCUAUUCCUAGGAUGGAGCUGGUUGAAGUUGGACCUUCAAUGGAUCUGGUAGUUAGGAGGCACAGGCUUCCAGUUGAAAGUUUGAAGAAAGAAGCAAUGAAGACUGCUGAGCAUUCUAAGAAGAUGAAAAAUGUAACAAAGGAUCCAGUACACGGCAAGUUGGGAAAGGUGUACAUGCCAGACCAGGAGGUUGGAAAGAUGACUUUAUCGAAUGACGUAAAGGGACUGAAGAGGGAGCGCCGUGAGGCCAAGAAAAAUAAGGAGCACUCAAAGAAGCAAAAGGUCAACCCGAGUAGCGAAAGCUGAAGGUUAUUUUUUCUUGGAAACUGGCCAGCCUGAGGAAUUUUGCUUUAACUGGUCCCAGCUGCUGUGUUAGCAAAGUGGAAGCCACUUUCUGUUAGAUUGGGUGGUAAAUAGUUUAGUGCCAUCUUCUUAGGCUAAAAAUAUUUGUGGUGACUUCCACAGCAAUGUCGUGUACCUACUCAUUUGUCGUCCUGAGCAUGGAAAUUUUGAGCAAUUAUAUGUUACAAAUAUUUCAUCUUACAGUUGCUA